ACUACCAGACGAUGUGUACCACUAUAAGCAAGAAAGAAAGUUUUUCAUUUGAUGCUUAUAAAUACCCUAAUCUUCCGCCAUGGAAGCAUCAAAACGUAGAUCAUGAAGAUGAUAACCACCAUUUUUCUCUUACUUGUCAUGUUUCAGAGCAUCCACACCACUCAAACCUCUGAGUUUAACAUAAAAGAGGCUACUAUCGAUCAGAUUCGAACAGCUUUUAAGCAGAACAAACUCACGUCCAAGGAUUUAGUUCAGCUUUACAUCCAGGAGAUACGAAGACUCAAUCCAAUCUUCAAAGCUGUCAUCGAGGUGAACCCAGAUGCAGUUCAACAAGCUGAAGUGGCUGAUCAAGAGCGAAAGGCAAAUACCCCCAAGUCGCGUCUAGGGUUGCAUGGUAUCCCUAUUUUGCUCAAGGAUAACAUUGCAACCAAAGAUAAGCUUAACACGACUGCAGGAUCUUACGCUCUUCUUAAUUCGGUGGUGCCUCGGGAUGCUGGUGUGGUGAAGAAGUUGAGAGAUUCUGGGGCAAUUAUACUUGGAAAAGCAAGCUUGAGUGAAUGGGCUCAUUUCAGAAGUACCACAGCACCUAGUGGUUGGAAUGCUAGAGCUAAACAAGCAGUCAACCCAUAUGUAGCAACGGCUGAUCCAUGUGGUUCAAGCACCGGAUCAGCCAUAUCAGUUGCAACGAACAUGGUUACUGUAUCAUUGGGUACAGAAACAGAUGGAUCAAUCCUGUGUCCUUCGGGUGCCAACUCGGUUGUUGGAAUCAAACCCACAUUAGGCCUCACAAGCCGAGCAGGAGUCAUUCCGAUUUCCCCCAGACAAGACUCAGUGGGACCGAUGUGUAGGACUGUAGCAGAUGCUGUGUAUGUUCUUGAUGCCAUCGUGGGUUUUGAUAACAAUGAUGCAGAGGCAACCAGAGAAGCUUCAAAGUAUAUUCCAACAGGUGGUUAUCUGAAUCACCUAAUAUCUGAUGGGCUCAAAGGGAAGAGGUUAGGGAUAAUGAGGGCUUAUCCCUAUUUUGGCUUCGCGGACGAUCCUCAAACCUUGAAAAAGUUUGAGAAACAUUUUGAGGUAUUCAGACGAAGUGGUGCUACUCUGGUAGAGAAUCUGGAAAUCAACAACUUCAGACAGAUCGUUUCAAUGUUCAGCGGUGAGGUUACAGCACUAUUGGUAGAAUUCAAGAUCGCUCUGAACGCCUAUCUAACGGAGCUAGCGACUUCACCCAUGAGAUCUUUAGCAGAUGUGAUAGCUUUCAACAAGAAAUUUCCCGAGUUGGAAAUGAUCAAUGAAUACCCACAGGACAUGUUUCUGAGCGCUGAGACAACCAACGGUAUAGGCAAGGUAGAGAAGGAAAUAUUGAUGAAUUUGACGCGAGCAUCAAAAGAUGGGUUUGAGAAGUUGAUGAAAGAAAACAAAUUGGAUGCACUUGUAACACCAUAUUCCCAGGGUUCCACGGUCCUUGCUAUCGGGGGAUAUCCGGGAAUCAGUGUUCCAAGUGGGUACGAUGAUAAUGGUGCUCCUUAUGGUAUUUGUUUCGGAGGUUUAAAGGGUUCAGAGCCAACAUUGAUCGAGAUUGCUUAUGGGUUCGAACAAGCAACUAAGUACCGAAAGCCUCCUCCAAAUCCAAUCAAGUCAUUAAUACAUCUACAUUCAGAUGCAUGAUAUGACACUAUAUAUGCUCUUGUGGACUAGGUAUGUCAAAACUUCACAAAGCAUAGUAAAAUUUGGCUUAUGUGUCUGUAUGUACGUACUUGUAUUGAAUUGAAUAAAUUAUAUAAAGCCAUAUAGGUCUCGGCCUUUGGGGGCA